GGGACUCUAUCAAGUUCAAAAUACUUAGUUUUCAUUAGGUGUGGGUAUAUGACUUAUGUUCUUGGUGGGGAGUUCACUGCAUGUCAAGAAUAAGUUCAUACUUUGCACUUUAUAAAUCAAAACAGUUGUGACAUUUUUUGUGGCUUAAGCAUGCGGUCUGUCAUUAGCAAACCAGGUGUUUUUCUCUCUUUGAAGACAGGUACAAACUACUGAAAAAAAAAAUAAGUUUCUCAGUUUUUUUUUUUUUUUUUUUUUACAUCUUUGUUGAAGGCACCUGUUUUUACAUAAUUUACAUAAGGGUGAGAUGUUCAACACCAUUUAAUUUGAUGUUAAAACAUUUUUGUUGGUGAUCUGGUUGGCUGUAAAUGGCCAUUUUGCUGAAGCCUGUAACUUUUACAUUUAUUAAAAAUAAUUCUAAAGUAUGUGGUUGGUAGAGCACGGCACUGAUUAGUCCAGCCAGGAAUAGCUUCUACAGUUUGAUUCCAAGUUCCUUCUUUAUGGAGUCCGCAUGUCCAACCACUUUGUACUCAAAACUUCUCUCGCAUCCCAAAUAAAUGCGUUCAGGUGGAUUGGUAAUUCUCCAAACGGCCUGCAGAUGCGGUGUUUCCCGGUGGUUGCUAGGACAGGCCCCCAUCACACAGCCCCUGUUGCAGUCCUGAACAGGGUAAAGCAGCUAGUGAAAGAGUAAUGAAUAAAAGAGUAUGCACUGUCUGAAACAGAGGCUCCAUUCUAUGCUUGUACAACUCCAAAACUCCUGUCUACACCUCUGCUUCCAUUAUUUUGCUAACUAUGGCUGUUACGAUCAUUUUUAUAAUUCUUUCAAGGUGAACUCAAAUGUUAAGUUCUCUUCAUCUUAAUGAGUUAUGCCACGCCACAGUACUAUCAUAAAAUAUUCCACUCAGGAAAUGAACUAUUUGGAGACGGAACUCAAGGAUCUUUUUAAAUAAACGCAGUGGCUGUACAACGUACUUUUAAAAAGUGACAACACUAUAGCUAUAAACCUGUCUUCAGUGUUGACAAGCAGUAUCUCCAAUUUCCCGGGUUGCUUAUCACUGGGGGUUCGAAACUAUGCGGAAAUGACACAGGGAAUCCGUCACGUCACGCGAGAGCACACGGCCACAGAGAAAGAAGAGAGGAAAAAAACACGGCGGACAGGAAACCCGAAACCGUCCACAUCAUUUAAGAAUUCUGCAGUUAGAGUUUUUGCCAUAGCAAAUCAAAGCAGAACAGAGAAUACAUAAAGUGGAGAAUUAUCCUAGAAUGGUUUCCAAGAUGUGUCAGGUUGAAGUUUGGAGAAUAUGGAGGGUUUCCAGCAUCGUUUCUCCAUCCGCUUUAUACAGAAUUCUGUCCAGACAUAAAUGGGGCUGCUUCUGACUGUGUGCAUACUGCCCUCAUAGCUGGUGGCUGUGCCUGACAUUUUUGUCAUGGUAUAGAAGAUGUAUACUUUGGAAUUCAUUGAUGAAAAAGAAGUUAAAAGGACAAAAAGUUUUGUGAAAAUAGAAACUGACCCAGGAGCUAACACUUCAGACUGCACCGCAGCAGACCAACUAUCUGACCAGCAUGCUCUUAAUGGAACCUUCUCUAGCUUGGUGGAAGCUGUUAAGAGAAAAGAAGCCCAGGAGGACCUUAGUAACCCUUGUAGUCAGAAGGAUCUUGCACCAUGUGUCAAAAAAAGGCGACUUAUUUCUGAGGGCUUACAUUUGAGCAUGAGGAACAGAGAAAGUGGAUCACCAUAUGCUGGAAAUAUGGACUACUCAAGCAAACACCAAAGUACUAUCUUAGUUGGUGACAGUGAAGAAGCUUUUCAUGAGACUCCCACGUCAUCGUAUAGAAAACCGCUUUAUGGCAUUUCUCACAAAAUAACAGAAAAGAAGAACACUCCAGGGCUGGAACAACACUCAUUUUUUGACAUCAGUGAUAAAGGAAACCUCAGUACUUCCUUACAUUUAAGAGUUGGUGCUGACCUUGGCAAGAGAGAUUCCACAGCAAUAUUGACAACAGGAGCAACUAUUACAGACAGUGACCCGAAUAUUUAUUCUCUGAUACAAAAAAUGUUUUACACUCUGAACUCAUUAAAUUCAAGCAUGACACAACUUCACAGCAAAGUUGAUCUGUUAUCUUUAGAAGUGAACAGAAUUAAAAAGCAUGUGAUUCCUUCAGAGUCUGUGGCAGAAUUUCAUCCACCUCCUGAGUACCAGCUAACCAAUGAUGAGCUAAAUCAGAUAAUGGAUCAAAGUACGUCCCCUGGAGAUUUGUCAUGUAGACUGUUGGUCCAGCUUUUUCCAGAACUGUUCAGUAGCGAUGAGUUUGACAGGAAUUGCGGUACAUGUGGCUUCCUUAGCAAGAAAAAAAUAGAAUCCCUUCACCUGCAGCUUAUACGUAACUAUGUUGAAGUAUGCUAUCCAUCUGUAAAAAAUGGUAAUGGCUGGCAGGGUGAGUGUCUACCUCAGGUCAAUGACUUUUUCAACAGAUUCUGGGCACAGAGAGAGAUGGAGAGCAGCCAGCAGAGUGUUAAAACAUCUAGCUUUUAUGAAAGUGACCAGGUCGAGUCUUCCCACUAUGUAGAAGAUAAAGGACAGGAUAACAUUUUGCCCCUGGAAGCAAGUAUGACCGUUUCUGAUCAUCUUUUGGAUGCUCAGGAUUUAAGUGAAUUCCUCGAUGAGGCUUCUUCACCAGGAGAGUUUGCUGUUUUUUUGCUCCAUCGCCUGUUUCCUGAACUGUUUGAUCAGAGGAGACUAGCAGACAGAUACAGUUGUUAUGGUGAUACAGAAAGGCACCCAUUAGACCCACAAAGGCUUCAAGUCAUUCGAAGGUAUACAGAAAUCUACUUUCCUGAUGUACAAGAAGAGGAAACAUGGUUACAACAAUGUGCCCAGCGAAUUGACGAUGAGCUUGAAAGUAUACAUGAUGAGAGUGAGUAUGAACCUGGCAAGGAUGAAGGUUAUGACUCUCUCAGUCUGCCAGACGAUGUGUCAGUCAUAAAAGUUGGAGAUGGUUUUGAAUUUGAAAAACCUGGCAGAAGAUCAAAAAAAAUAUGGCUUGUGCCCAUAGACUUUGAUAAGCUGGAAAUUCCUGCCACUGACUUCGAGGUUACCUGCCCAGAGUAUAUGCUUAGCAAAGAGCAACUGAAAAGUAUAUAUGACAGCAGUUUAUCAAUAGGAAAUUUUGCCUCACGUCUUUUGGUUCAUUUGUUUCCUGAGCUUUUUACAAGUGAUAACCUAAGAAAGCAAUACAACUGCAGUGGUUCUCUUGGCAAAAAACAACUUGAUCCAGUAAGAAUAAAACUUAUCAGGCACUAUGUGCAGUUACUGUAUCCCAGGGCAAAAUAUGAUAGAGUGUGGACUUUGGAGUUUGUUGGAAAGCUUGAUGAAAGAUGUCGGCGUAGAGACACUGAGCAACGAAGAACUUAUCAGCAGCAACGCAGGGUUCAUGUUCCUGGGUCUGAAAGGAGAGAUCUUAUAACGUAUGGCAUGAAUCCAGAGAGGUUUAGGGAAGAAUUUGAAGGACCAACAUUACCACCAGAAAGGAGCAGUAAAGAUUUUUGUAAAAUACCAUUGGAUGAUCUUAGAGUUUCCCCUCCAGAUUUUCCAGUGCCUUCUGCAUACCUGCUGUCAGACAAAGAGAUAAGGGAAAUAGUGCAGCAGAGUUUAUCCGUUGGUAACUUUGCUGCCAGGCUUCUUCUCAGACUCUUUCCUGAACUUUUUACUUCAGAAAAUCUAAGACUUCAGUAUAACCAUUCAGGGGCUUGUAACAAAAAGCAACUUGAUCCAGUCCGCCUAAAAUUAAUUAGACAUUAUGUUGAAGCUGUUUAUCCUGUAGAAAAGAUGGAGGAAGUGUGGCAUUAUGAAUGUAUACCAAGUAUUGAUGAAAGAUGCAGGCGACCUAACAGAAAGAAAUGUGAUAUACUCAAAAAGGCAAAGAAAGCAAAGAGUUCGUUUUUGUAGCACUUCAGUUGGUUGCAGUCCUGCCUUAGGCACAUAUAUUUUAUUGACUGAAGGAAUGGAGCCAUUGUUAUAAUGGUUUUUCAGUAAAUGUAACUUGUACCUUUCUUCAUUGUCUGGUAUACAUAUGGGCUCCUAAAUUUGCUGUAAACAUUUGUCUAUUUAGACUUAUAGAAGCUUUAUUUUUAAGCUGGCCUUUUUUUAGCAGGAAAAAAUCUGAGCACGGUCAUAGUUCAAUACAGUCUAUUGUGUCAUUGAUGUGUUCUAGGUAGUGCAGUUUAUGACAUUGUUUAGCAAUAUAUUUGCUAUAAGGAAUGUUUUACUCCUAAUUAUGAAUUUACUAAAAUGCAGUUAUGAACUACUGUUGUGUCUUUUAGGUGUAGUGAUAUCAGACCAGAGGUUACUGCAUAUAGUUUAAAGUGUAUGUGUCGAUUCGCAAAGGAAUUUAAAAUUGCUACCAAAGAUGAGGAAUUAUAGAAAUUAAUGUCCAUAAAUGAGUCUUGUGAUCAUUUUUGAAGCACUGGGGAGCCUCAUUAUGGGUGUUUAUACUUUCCAAAAAUUAGAAUUUUAUUAGUUUCUAUUUCUGAAGAAUCCAUGCUCUGAGACAAUCUUAAGCCCUUGAUUUAACUUGGCACCUGCAUAAAAGUAAGUGUGCCUUUAAGUCCAUUACUUUUCUUGCAGCUCAUACUUUUUGGGUUUUGACUCUUGCUGUUGUGAAUAAAAUUACUCUCACUCCUUAUGGUCAUUAAAUUUCAGCCAAAAGCUGCACCAGUGUUUUUUCACAAGUAUGGUGACCCUUUGCUGUGAGUGGUGGGUUUGAUCUGUAUGCAGUCUUAGGUUUAGGUCAGAGUUUCACUACAGAAAAUAUAGCUUAGAAGACCGGCCAAGGCCUAGGCAUUCAAGUCCACAUUGAGACUAGUGGCCUGCUGGUUCUUUCAGGCAUGAAGCUUGCCCUUGCCUGUACAAGUCCCUUGUGGUGGCAGAUGAUCAGUGGGGUGUAGUAGGCACACUUCAAGUUCUCACCAUUGGGGGGAGUAUAUUCUGUGGUGCUCACACUGCCUGACCCCUCAUCAUUUUGCUGGGGGCUGGCACCUUCCAGUUUUAUGUCAAGGAGCAACCCCCUCAUGUCUGUGAGUGACAAAUUACUGAAUAUGUAGCCAAGGUUCAUCUUUCUCGAACCUACCCUAGGCCCAGCCAGGUCAGUUGGUUCCAGAUGAGAAAAGCUAAGCAGAUGCUCCGUUGCCUGGUGAUGACAGCUUCAGACCUAAAGCAGGCUUAUCCUACCUGGUACCCACACACACACAUAUCUACCCAGCCACACUACAUUUAGAAUGUGUGUUCAGUCAUGUGUCUCCUACCCAAUGCAUUCCAGUUGCAUGCUUGCUCUUGCACGAGAUGUUGGGGGUGGUGGUCUUCUUCCUUUCUUGGCUCUGUCUGGUAGACUGAAGACUUGGAGGUUUUUGUUUGUGAGGAAGACAAGCCACCUCUCACUUGCAGAUACAUUAUACCUUGUGAAGUCCAACAUGCUUUUACCUCUCCUUGCUGUCUUAGAAGCCUGAGGCACCCUGACUGUAUUUUCAUGCCCUGCAAAAUGGCAAAAGCUAAAUGUAAGCUGCCAGAUGAUUGGUGUGUGUAGCCUAGAGCUAACUGGUGUUUGAUUUAUAUAGACCAGCAGUGAGUCCGUAGACAGCAGGAUUUUCACUGUAUUGCCUGAUAGUCAAAAGCUGUGGGUAGGUUGUGGCAAAUCUGCUUACUCAUGUGCCACACUGGGGCUUAAGUCCCUCAACUAAACUAGUCAUUUUUUAUAUUCUUAAUCGUGUCCUCUUUAGUGGAACUGGCAUUGGCCAAACUUGGGUACUUCCCGGUGCCUUGAUUAAGGGAGAACCUGUUCUGUACCCUAUCAUAACUGCUUUUUUUAUGGUUUACCAUGUAUUUUGAGUAUUAUUUGGAUUGUGCAAACAUUUUGGCUAAGACCAUGUGUUCACAUAUGUCUUCACAGACUAACAUGACUGAGAUUGUUCUCCUAUAAUGACCAACUUAAAUGGGAAAUGCUGUUGUGACAGGCAUCCCUGGACCUCGUAGAUGGCCUGACGAGACAUCAGGCCCACCCCGCUUUGGAGGAAGCCAUUUCCUCUUCCAGAAUCCUACUAGUCAUCUUGGAAAAAAAGAAGGAAGGCCAACUAGAGCUUUUAUUUAUGGUCCUUACCCCAUGCUGAUUGGGUCCUGUUAGAGAGACAGCUUGAGUUCUUGUUUUGGUUAUUCCCAUUGUAGAGAACCAUCUUUGAUGGGCCAGUGAGUCCAGUACAUUGCUUUGGCUGUCCACAUCCAGAGUUUAUUGAUCCUCACUCCUACAAGACUGUUAGGAGCUCCUGAACAAGUCCAAAUUGUGACUAGGAGGGCACUAUAGGCAACCCCUUUCUUGGUAGGAGUGCAGGAAUUUGUUAUUUUGUCCUGAGUCUGGAGGAGACGGAGGGUUCUGUGACAUUUCUGUCAGGUUGACUUGGAGGGACUGCCUUUCUUAGAGUAGCAUUUUGAUUUGCUACUUAGUGGAAAGUUCUUCACAGAAGUCUGUUCUGGUUUGUUGCUAACUACCUUCAGCAAACCAGAAGUCUGUUCUGGUUUGUUGAGGGUAGUUACCACUCUCAGGCUAUAUUCUUGCCUUUGAGGUUCCUUUGAUCCCCUGGGCCUUCCCGAGUGUCGGUAGUUGUGUACAGAGUUUUGCAGGAGCAGAUUGUGUGUCCCAUUUUAGGAUGUCUAUCUGUUGAUAGUCUUGUUCAGGGACUUCCUGGGCUGUGUACUUGUUUGUGUGUGUGCAGCUGUGUUUGUAGCUUUUGAGGGUCACCACAAACUACCUGAAGUUCUUCCUGAGUCCUUCUCCAAAGAUAGCUUUUACAAGCGUGAGACUGUUUUCUGAUCUCUGCCAAUCAUCCUGCUCUUGGAGAGGGCCCAGAAGUCAUGGCUUGGAAACCUGGCUGAAGCACAAGGAGUCCAAACUUGGGCUCUUCUGCAUCAUUUGGACUAGAUAGCAGAUACUUCCUUCUAGGUACUGUUUGCAUUCCUGAACAUUGAGGUACUGUUUUUUUUUUUGUUUGUUUUUUUUUUUUGUUUGUGGCAGUCAAGUCCUUAUGUACUUAUGGGCCGCCUUCUGAUGUUUAACCUCUUUGUUGAGCCUCAGCAUAUUGGGGAAAUCCCCCCCCCCCCAGCCUUUGCACAGACCUUUCCUAUCUGCAUGUCAAAGAUUCUGAUAGUGUUUGCUUUACUUGCAGGUUGGGGCAAUUUUCUUAGGCCACUUACUGAUCUGGGUGUGACUCCCUGUCCUCCAGUGGAGCUAAGAAACCAAUGUAGGUGGCUAUCUGUUCUCCACAGAUGUAACGGCUCAUAGAAAGCAGUCAAGCCUUAGUGGAUUACCAGCUAUAUUAUCUUUUGCCAUCAGGUGAAAAUCUUCCCACUGGCAAGAGUGUUUUGAGAUCACUCCACUGUAGAAAUGGCUGCCCGCAGUGGCUGUUUCCAAAAUGUUUCUAUCGCCAAUAUCUCUGAUGUUUCUUGGUACCCCUUAAUAGUAAUGAAGAACGUGGUAUCAGGUGCUGAAGUUUGGGGCUGUAUGAGAAACACACCUGGUCCUGUCCAGGGAUGGCUCCACAACUUUGGUGAUGGCCAGUUUCACUGUCUCAGAGCUUGAUUUAUUUUGCAUGCUCCUGAUAUGAAUAGUUUUGCUAGCCAGUGUGUUUAAGGCAUUGAAAGAGCUAGGAAGCCUUUUGUGUGGUCCUUCAUGUAGAGUUGGCUGUCAGUUUAUUGGGAGCAGUUUCCUAUACCUCCUGAUUUGGUCCUUCAAAGGUGCUGUCUACAUUUUCAGAACCCUGUAGGAUUUGGACCUCCCAUAUUCCACAUUCAGGGUACAUUUAGGAGCUUAUGCCUAUUAUGACCUUUUGGAGAGCAAGACUGAUAAGUUAACACUGGGUGUUUAAACAGUUUUUUUGGAGGACCUGCUUCUCUACCUUCCUUUGAAGAAUCAUGUUCUUCAAAAUUUGAACUUCAUCAAUGAAAAGCCUGUUUAGCUUGUGUGUGGCUGUCAGUGUAGUGGUGUUACAGUUCAUUUGCUUGGCAAACUGUUUCUGUUGACCAUCACCCCUUCCUGAAGGAUCACAGAGCUUCAGUCCCUCUUGUAUAGUUCUCUUUUUAUCCUUACCUGGCUUUGGAUUGCUUCACAUUGAACCCACUCUGUGCUAGGGGAUUGGUUCUAGGUUGUUCCUUAACUGUCACUAUUUCAUUGUGGAGCAGAAAAUUGAGGGAUAAGAACCUUUCACUAUCUGCUUGUGCCCUUCCAGCAUGGAUGCUUCCUCAGAUGGGUAUUUGAAAUUAACAGCAGAGCAGAUGGUCAUCUGCCCUCUGGAGAGUUAGAGGCUCACAGAACCAAGCAAGCUUUAGUUGAUUCACCUGAAGGCAAAAGAUAUUAGAGCUGGCAAAGACUGUCCACUGGCAAAUGUAUUCCAAGACCAUUCAUUAGAGGGGUGGCUGCCUCCAAUGUCUACUUCAAAAUGUCUCCACCACAGAUGUCUGUGCUCAGGCAGCUUGGUGUUCCAGUACAUUUUUUUCACAAAACAUUAUUAUCCAGACCAAUAGCUGGGCCUUUAUUAUUUUAUUACUUCCAUGGUAAUCCUUCACAUUUUUACCCCUGUACAUUUCUCCUGUUCAUUCCACCUUGGUGGCUACUGCUUGGGAUUCAGCACAGCUAUAGGCCCUGUCAAGGAGAGUUCUAAUGUUAGAUGUAACAAGUACAUUCUUAACGUAUCAGUUGAUAUGUGAGAGGACCCUUUGUGGUGUGUGGGAUAUAUCUUCACCAUCUCGCUGUGGUUGGAUUUUUUUGUCUAGAAACAUGGUAGUUGUUUUAGUGUGUAUUUGCUUUUUAUAAAUGUAAGUGCCAAAUCUUUGUUCUCUCUUCUUUCUUUGCAGCUGAGGUGACACAACCAGAGAGUUGAAGGGCACUUACUCCUCAGCUUCUGCCCUCGUAAUUAACUGACUGGAGUGAUGAGUAGUGCUUUCUAGUGACUGUCUGCUGGAACUGGUUGAUUGAGGUAGAUGUUGAGUAGGUUGGCAAUUUACAUUAUAACAGUUGUCCACCACCUCCUGGAUCUUUUCAAAAAGACAAAUAUGUUAUAUUCUGAUUGGUGGAAGAUGAGGUUUGCUGUAGGGCCAGUCAAGGGGAUUCCUUUUUAUAAUCCAUCCGAUAUGCUAAGAAUGAGUCAGUUGUUUAGAUAUACAGGCAAUUUAUUUACUCAUCAUUUAGCAUUAUAUCUUAUGUGUGUGCCAGAGUUUUAACAACAUACUUGGUUGGCUUUGCACUAGUGCAGAAGGUUUAUUAAAAUUACAAAGUAAAAUGUCAUCGAAGCAUGUUCAUGUUUAAUUGAUAAAUUUUAUAAAAGUUAUUGUAAAGGUUACAGUUGUGUAGAGACAAUUAUGUAAUAUAUAAACUUUUAACUCCUUUUUUAAGCUUGAGAAAUCCUUUUGAAAUCUGUAAUGCAAAAGAAAAGACUAUUUAAAGUGACUUCCAUUUUUUUUUAUUUGCUGUGCCCUCUGCUUUGUUAAUCAUUCCUGGUAUUGCAUUUUUUUCCAUGUCAGGCUGUCAGAAAGGGGCUGCAGUUCAUCUUUGAGGCCGUUCAGUUCUUGAUCAUUCAGUAAUGCCUAUCAAACAUGAAAGCAGAUUGGAAUUUAUGAACUUGAGAGAGCAGAUUACCCCCUCAUUAAAGUAAGAGGGAGUUUACUUUAGUGUGAUUUUAUUCAUCAUAAUACUCUUUAGGAAAUUAAUCAAAGGCAACUGCCAUGCUGUGAUGUCCUGUACUAGUAGUUGAUAUUUACUGUGCCUUUGGAAUGGCUUUCCAUUUCAUUUCGAGGAAGAAAACUUCUUGUGUUCUUCCUGGUUACAGACAUGCAUCGUAUUCCAGAAGAUGUUCUUUAUACAUUAUAGCUGCUGGUUUGGAAAACAAGAUACUGGCUUCAUUGCGAGUGUCAAAUGCACACUCAGUGGAAGAGAAAUAGACAUGGAUACAAAUACAAAGAAUGACUAGCAUUAGCAGAAGACCAUUAUAUGAUCAGGGGCAAGACUUCACUUUUAACAUACAGUAGAUUUUUUUUUAAUUUAGAUUACUGUUACAGUAGUUCUGUCUACUGGAACUUCAGCUGUAGAAGGCCCAACAAGUGGCCAGAUUUCAAGAAGUCUGCACACUUUCCCCCUUCGUGCUUGGUAGAUACCCCCCCCCCCCGGGACAUCAAGGCAGUUCCAGUAUAAAACUGACAUGUACCUACACCAUAUUAGAUGUCCUUCUGUUCAUAUGUUGCAGUAUUUUUUAACAUGAGGGUGUCCACCACAGGUUGCCCCGAACGUCCGACCAGUAUACAAAAGUCUAAAGCUACUGUAAGAUGCAUGCGACGUCACACACAGGAUCCCAUCCAAUGUCAGUCAUAAAGUGACAUCAGGUAUAUAGCAGACAUUGGCACGUACCAUCCUCAGAACUUUUCUGGUACCUGUCUGAGCAUCUUCUCCAGUCGUUUUCUCAUCUGCGAAGUUGCGGAUUCCGACUCAAAGUGCCCUUUUGUUUUUUUUCUUAAGUUUUUUAUGCUAUUGUUAUUUGCUGAGGUUACAUGUCAUCUAGGAAGGUCAAGUGUCAGUAAAGAAGGCAAGUUCCACAUAAGGAUACCCACGAUUGCUUGUCUUUUUUGCCUAGGCCCUAAUCAUGACCAUACCUCCUGUGCUGUUUGUAAGUACUUUGUCCCAAAGACCCUGUGUAGUCAUCUAGCUUCUCUUAAUUUCUAUCUAGAGAACCAGAGCUUUAAGCAUUUAGUUCGCAAUGCUAUGGAAAGUGUGUCAGGCCCUUCAGGAGAGCCUGCUCUUAAGAAGGCCAAAAAAUCUAGGCCUGAGGUUUCUGCUGUUCGUCCAAAUCCGGACUUUUCUCCUGAGGUCAGUGUUGGGCCAGAGACUUCUUUGAAGGUAGGUGGUGAUUCUUCCACAGGUAACACAGUGAAGGCCGCAAGGUAUCCUGCUAGCAUGUCUUCGGGGGAUAUGCAAAUGUCCACUUUGGACAUAGUGGAGGACCCAGGUUCAUUGUCUCUGAAAGCUCCCAAGGUGUUACUCAAAUCCUGGUUAGUGAGGAGGUCUCCAGCAGUAUUAUAGAAUACAGGCCGGCAUCGGGUCUUUCGUCCUUCCACUGUAUCGAUGCUCCACUUAAGAAGCAGAAAACUAAGCAUUCUUCUUCUCCUCAGGAACAAUUCACUGAUUGGCAAGCCUUUUCACAAGGACUGUUUAAUACCUUCUGGCCCUUAGGCAAUCCACAGGGGUCUCCCUUCCUUCUACUUCUUUUUCUCCAGUUUCUCCUCAUAAAAGGGUCAGCAUUGAGGAUUCCUCUGAUGAGGGUGAUUCUUCUGGGGGUGAGUCUGGCAUACUCUGCACAGAUGUCCUCUCCAUUGUUAUACUCUUCCCCAAAAGAGGAAUCAAAUGGAACUGAAUCUACAGAGGAGCAUAAUACUUUUGGAAAGACCAUUGUGAAAAUGAGAGAGUUUUUCCAGGUGGACUGCUCUCAGGUUUCAGACAUACAAAAAAGAUAUCUUUUACAGGUGGAUUUCCCCAUCUCCAUGUGCAGUACCUCCAGUCUUUCAAGCUUUCUUGGAUGCUUUCUCCUCUGCUUCUAAGUGUCCAGAUUCUCAGCCUCCUGCCCCUGAAAGGUCAGACAGUUUUACAAAGUGCCAGAGGAUUGUAAGUUUUUGUUUAAGUGCCUUUCUGCAGAUCCAGCUACAAGAUCAGUGGCUGCAAAUAAGCCAUCUAAGCUUUUGUCUUCUACUUCCCUCCUCCCCUCGGUUAAGGACAGAAAAGUCAUGGAAUGGUUGGGGGGAAAUGUAUAUACUUCUGUCACCCUCACCUGUGGGGUUAUCCCUGCUGUGGUAGCCCUCGGCUUGCCCAAGGGGACUCUGGAGGGUGCCUUCCUUGCAGCUUCCAAGAAACCAGACAUCCAUUCCCCUGGUCCUGAGAAACCAUGCAAGUUUUAUGGUGUCCAUAUGUGUUAUAAGUACAUUUCCAAGAGUCCUGUAGAUGAAGCUGUAGUGUCCAAAUUUCUUUCUGCCCCCAAAAUACUCCCAAACGAAAAUGGAAGGGAGAGUACUAGACCAGUUUGAGAAGGCUUACACAGCUUCCGCCCUGUCCUUCAAGGCCAUUGAUUGUUUGACAUGACAAAGUAUGAAAUUGUGUUCCUAGUUCAGCUGAGGUAAAAGCUUAAUGAGAGAUGUCUGAUUUGGACUUGGGGCUAGAGCAUAGUAAGGUGACAAAACGUUUGAUGCUGUUUAUGCAGCAUUGAGGGGAGCAGUUAUAGGAUUUGUCAUUAGAAGACAUCCCUGACUAAAACGAAAGCCCCUGACAAAGGUUCUUAGAGUGCAGUUACUUGAUGCCCCACUGUUUGGGAGCCUCAUGGUCACAGUUUUUAAGAAGGUGAAGGAGUUAUGCUGAAUGUAAAACAACUGUUUGACUCCCCCAUGCGUAGUAGAAACUGCCCAUGUGAACCAUACUCUUAUGGUUACAAGCGAGGUAUAAGUAAGUCAGUAAAGGGAAAAAUGGGCUAGUACGGGAGAAGGGGACAGAAUGACAGUAGGAGAAAGUGUAUGUGAUCCUGGGGAGCCUCAUUUCCAAAGUAGCAAACUUGACCACUUGAAUAUUCUCCCUCUUCCCCCAAACUUCCAUACCAGUAUUGCUGGAAGGCUUACACAGUGUCUCAAAAGUGGAAGGGCAUGACACGAAACAAAUGGGUCCUGGAAAUCAUUUCCAUGGGUUACAUACUGCAGAGUUUGCAGGUAUUCCUCUUGUGCCAAAGGAACACAUAUACUUGAAAAUUCUGUUCAGCAGAAACUCCCCUUGCUAGAAGUAAUAGAACCAGUGCCAUUAAAAGACCAAAAACAAGGCUUUCUGUUGACUUUCUCUAGUUCCCAGAACAGAAAACAGAAAUACCUUUAAGAUAGGUUCUGAAUCUCUCAAAGUUCAGUACCUUCUUCAAAAUCCCAGAAUUAAAUAUGUCAACAUCACAGGCAUUGCUGUCCCUCCUGCUCCCACAGGUCCUGAUGGUAAUCAUAGUUCUCAAGGAUGCCUACCUUCACAUCAGUGCAAGUACCAUAUAUGCUUUCUCAGAUUCAAAGCAGGAGGCUCCCACUUUCAGUUUUGCCUCUUUACCCUUUAGAUUGGCUUCUGCUGUCAAGAUUGUCUGGUUCCAGAAACUAAUGAGACAGUUGUCUGUCUCAGGAAUAGGUGGACAAGGCCAUCAGUUUCAUUUCAGAUCAUUUCCAAAGUCUUGGAUUCUUGUUCAGCAUUCCAAAAUCUUAUGUACUUCCAAAAGAGUUUUUAUUUCUGGGUUUACUUUUUGACUAGAGUUGCCAGAAGGCAUUUCUUCCCUAAGGAAAGGUGGAGCAUUUGGAGCAGUGCUUCCACAAAUUAGCAGAGAAAAGGGCGAUGCUAGCGUAUCAGUUCCUCAGGGCUCUGGGGUACAUUGUUUCUGUUAUCUUGGUGGCAUCUCUGGACAGGUUGUACAUGAGACUCCAGUAGUACCAGAGAUCAAUCUGGGACCAAGACUGCCACUCCAUGGAAGAAAUGGGGUCCUGUCUUGCCCUGCAUUUUCAGGGAGCUAAUGGUGGGUCACCCAAGUCAAGCUGAAUUUGACUGUGCCCUACAUCCAGAAGCCUCUGGUCAUAUGCUUCAAAUCUAGCAUGGAGAGUAUACAUACUGCAGCUCAUGGUCCACAAACUGUAGAAUGCAGCUCAAAUUGCGAAGUAUAUAAUUGUGAAAAAGAUGAUGGCCUUGGUAUUUCAGUCCCAUGUGCCUCAAGACAAUGUAUGUUCCUUCUCACCAGAACACAGCAGAUCAGUUCAGCAGGUCAAACACAGAUGUAUCUGAAUGGAUUUUACACAGUAACAUCUUCCUUCGGCUGGUGCACAGGUGGGAUAUAUGAGAGAGAUCCCAAACAGCAGACAGCUAAAAAAAAUUCUGCUUAGGAGCACCCAGCAGAGAAGCUUCAGCAGUAGAUACCUUCUCCACCUAAUGGACACACCUCUUCCUUCAUGUAUUCUGUCUCAAAACCCCUUUGCCAAAGGGCAAGCCAGAAGAUAAUGGGGGGGGGGGCAUAUGGGUGCCUUUAUAUACCCCAUCCUGGAAACUUUGCAGCUUAGACCCUAGAUGGUAUAACUCCUUUGCUGUUCAGGCACUGGUUCACAGAGGAUGUGCUGAAUAUACUUGAGGUUCAGAAGCUCACCACUAGGAAAUCCUAGUUUUCUAAAUGGAACUGGUUUUCUUUCUGGUGCUGUAGAAAACAUCAGAACCCUAGAACUGCACCAGUGUUCAUGAUAUGCUUGUACGUCAGUGAGUUCUAGGACUGCCCUCUACUUACAUCAAAGUUCAUAUUUCAGUCAUCCCAGCUUACAUGUCUGUGGAUCCGCCUUUGGCAUGUGUGGGAAUCUGCUGUUGGCAUGUAUGCUGCCUGUCAAACAUUUUCCGAAAGGAGUAUUUCAUUUGAGACCUUCAAGAAGAACUGCUUAUCUUUGGGACCUAAUUUAUGUCCUUGAAAAGCCUGAUGGAAUCAACUUUCAAACCCCUAGCUGCAGCCCCUGUGAAGUUCAUGACUUGGAAAUAGAUCUUUUUCAUAGUUAUCAGAACGGCUAAAGAUUGUCAGAAAUUUCAAUCUCCUAGCUACAGCCCCUAUCUUCAAGUUCUUGACUUGGAAAAUAGAUAUUUUUCAUAGUUAUCCGCACAGCUAAAGAUUGUCAGAAAUUUAAGGCCUGAUGUGCAAACACAAUGAUGUGCAAGCCUUGUCACAAACCCCUCCUUUAUGUACAAAGACAUUUGAGGUGGUGAUUGCACAACUCAGAAAUUAGUUGUCUCCAUUGCCGUAGGAAAGGAGGAAGGGGCAGUGUUGAAGCAAACAGUUUUCAGCUGGUUGACCCCCUGUAUUAUGGUCUGUUGUUAUUCUUAGCAUAAGCAUCUGUAAGGAAGUGUGAGAUCUGUAGCUUUAGGGACAUGGCUGCUGUAGUGGCCUUCCUUUUGAGAGGGUCACCACUCAGGUUAUUUUGGAAGCAGCUACUGGUCAUCUAGCUACAGUCUUUUAAAAAAAUGGAAGCUGAACAUUUCUUCCAGGGCAGGAGAUAGGUUUGCUAUAGCCAUCCUGCAAACUACAGCCAUCAGACCUCCCUUUCCUAAUAGAAAUUUGAGAAUUGUCCCACUGGUCAGGGGUUUUGCAGCUGUGAUGUUAAUGGCCACUGUAAUACAAUUGUGUAAGACAUUACCUUGAUAGUAGAUGUGAGUAGAUCAGUGUUGCAGCACUGCGUUACUCCUACCAUCCCCUCUGUCACUAUAGGGCAUCCUAAACUUGGGUGGUUAUCCUAUCCUUUAUUAUGUCUCCCCUUACAGGGCCUUGCACCUACUCAGGUCCUAAUAGAAUGAGAGGAUCCCUGUUUUUCCUUCCUCACCUUAGUGCAAUAUAUGAGGGGUUUUUUAACUGUGCUCUGAUCGUAGUUUACCCUGGGUUUGACAUUAGCUUUUAUUGUGAGUGGCCUUCCUGCUGUGGCAAGAAAGCUUUCAUAUUGCAUGGACAGAUCCCAGUUUUUGAUGUCCCAUCGGGGGGGGGGGGUUACAGAGUUAUGGAAGUCUUUCGAAGUGUUGGGCCUUCUACAUCUGAAGCUCCACUAGUGAAAACUACUGCAAGAGAGAUCUACUUGAACAUAUGUUGUGUUAUGAUUAAGUUGUCACACAGUUGUGCUUUAUGCCUACCUCUUGUGUUUGCUUUUAAUUUUAGCAGAAAAUACGUUUUAUUCCUUGUUGUCUUUCAAUUGUACUGAUUUUAAAUACAUUUUGCACCUUGAAACAUGCUGCCUUUGCGUUUGAAAGAAACAAUGGAAUUGCUGUAUUGUACAGUGUUGCACAGUAUCAAUAUUUAUCCAGACUUUGCCUUGUUCGUUAUUCCUGUGCAAGACCUUUUUGCAUUUCAAAAUGUCCUUUAAUUCCUAAUUAAAAAUAAAUGCAAAAAUCUAUUUGGUGAUGCUUUA